AUGGCUGUUAAAAAGUUAACUGAUAGUUUAUUUUACAAUAGAUUACCAAUAAUAAGAAGAGCAUUUGGAUCUGUUUUAAUAGAUUAGAUAGUCUGGAGAUGUUAUCUUCUUUGCCAUUAUUUAAUUAUAAUAAAUCUUAGAGAGUGGUUCAAUUUCUAAAGCAAUAAAAAUAAUUUUUUAAAAGUCAUGAUUAUCAAUUGGUAGAUUUGGUCAGCAGCUUAAAUAAUCAUGGUUAAUUUCACUACCUUAUUAAGUUUUCUAGGUUAAUUUUAUAAGAUAUUUUGGAAUAUAUAUUUGAGUUAUAUUUCACAUAAAUGA